AUUCCCCAGGGACAGGGCCGAUAGUCGGAGUCCUUGCUGUCCCGUGGAUCCCGUCGUUGGAGGCUCCUGGAAUUUCAGAAGUCAAGGUCAGAUUGGAAGACCGAAGACAGUUUGGAGACCGCUGAGUGAAUCGAAGAAGGUCGAGAGGAGGACCAAGAGGAUUUUCUGGUUGGCUUUGGAAGGAGUCCCUGGAAGAGUUCAAGGAUAGUUUUAAGCAUAAGUGAAGUGAUUGAUGAGCUGGUGAGGAGAAGGAGGAGCUAUGGCGACUCAUUCUGCAUACGAUUAUGAGGACAGGGGCCAGAGGAUGCGACACAGGGUGGGCACCACGUCCAGGGCUGCUGACUCCACCGUAGCCUGCACCAGUAACCAGUACUACGUGGGCCCCAGCAGCGACAUCAGCGAGGAGGAUCUAGCCGAGCUACCAUCUUGCGUUUACGCUGGAAGAUCGUCUCAGCACGUCGCUCACGCAUCCUCGCACACACACUCGCCUCUGCACUACCACAUGCCUGUCUCCACACCUGAUCACGAGACGGACAUGAACGGCGUGGAGGAGGGUUAUUACCCAAACGGCAGCCCUUACAGAAUCCAACGACACGCUGCCAACAUACGCGAGAGGAAACGCAUGCUGAGCAGCAUCAACUCGGCUUUCGACGAGCUCAGAGUUCACGUACCAACGUUCCCAUACGAGAAGAGGCUGUCGAAGAUCGACACCCUUCGUCUGGCGAUAGCCUACAUCGCUCUCCUGCGGGAAGUCCUGGCUGCGAGACUCGACCCGCUCACUUACGUCGAGAGGUGCCUUAGGGGAGAAAUAAAUGGCGAACGUGCCGAAUGGAACACGAGUGAUCUAACGGCACGUUUGUCGUGGAUCAACUGGGAGAACCUUGGGGUGAAUCCUAAUCGUCGAUCGGUCCUCACCACCCUGGCCCUGACUACGGACAACAUGAACUAAGAGAUCACUCGCACGUGGACGAGUCUCUCCUUUUCUUUGUAAAUAAAUCCCAGACGAAUAGACGUUACAAUGUUGUUACAUUUCCGUUCUAGUCAUCUACGUGCAAUACGAGCGAUGAUAUUAUAUUUCCUAUUUAUAUACAUA